UUAGGCCACAAAAAAAAACUUAGCCCACAAUCAGGACAACUUUCCCAUCUGUUGCUUUUCUGUAGGCUAUGUUUAGUGUGUUUGCGUGUGUUCACGGGGUAAUGGUCUUCACACACACAGGUUAAGCCAAGAAGCAAGAGAAGGGGAGAUAACGAGUGGAAUUGUGCUCUAAGAGGAUUAUCUCGGUCGUUAGUCCUCCGCCGGUCUUGUCAAUGGAUGCCCGGUUCGCCGGUUGGAACACAGCGCGUGCGUUUGCUUACCGGUAAAGGGAACGGGUCACAAUUCAUACACUCGAACUGGUUGCGAGUCGAAAAUGCGUUUUGAACCGGUGGCAUAUGUAUGAUUAACAGUGUCAUUUACAAGAUGGUCUACGGUAGUUUUUACCUGUCGGGAGCGCACGGGAAUACGUCGCAGAGGUUGCAUCUGCACCAGAGAGCGGUUUCCUGAGAGGGUUUUGUUGACGGGCCGUUUCUGACAUGAAGACCCGACCUGCCGGGAUCGGCAAUGUCAAUGCCGACUGGAUGGGUUCGCUCCCCUCCAAGCUCAGUGCCAUGCCCCUCAAACACCUCGCCGUGCCAGGGUCUCACGAUUCUUUUACCUUCUGGGUGGACGUGCAUGCCCCGGUGGGCCCCGAUCAGAAGGCAUUUGUGCAAUACCUGGCCACCAUGUUCAGCGUCUUAGCCAAGAAAGUCAUGGUGAAGUGGUCCAUGACCCAGAAUCUGACAUUUAGAGAGCAGCUGGAUGCAGGAAUCCGCUACUUUGAUCUCAGGGUCUCCUCCAAACCAGGGGAGCCUGGAAAUGAGAUCUACUUUAUCCAUGGCCUGUUUGGCCACAAGGUGCGGGAUGGCUUGUUAGAAAUUAACUCCUUCUUAAGCAGGCACAGGAAAGAGGUAGUGUUACUAGACUUUAACCACUACUAUGAGAUGGACGCAGAGCAUCAUGUGUACCUCAUCAACAUGCUCCAGGAAGUGUUUGGCAGCAAGCUUUGUAAACACUGUGCAGUGGAGAGCAUCACUCUGGACUACCUCUGGGAAAAGAAAUACCAGGUGCUUGUUUUCUACCACCAUCCAUCAGGACAGGGCAUCUCUGUCAUGUGGCCUGGCAACAAGAUCCCUGCUCCAUGGGCAAACACCACCCAGCCCAACAAGCUCAUACAGUUCCUGGAAACUACACUGAAGGAAAGAGCCAAGCAGGGCUCCUUCCACGUGUCUCAGGCCAUCCUCACACCCAGGGUUAACACCGUGGCCAAGGGCUUGGUCUGGGGGCUACGCACCUACCUGGUGGAGAGAAACCUGCCCGCCAUCAUGUCCUGGGUUGAGGCUCAGAGGCCAGGGGUGGACGGGGUCAACAUCAUCACCUCUGACUUUGUGGAGCUCACUGACUUUGCCAACAUUGUAAUCAAACUCAACAACCUGCUGUUGUCUGAGCAGGACUGCAAACCAAGAUAACACAUGUUUGCACAACAGGACAAAUGUGUGCUAACCCACAGUGGGACGGAGGCUGGAAGUCGGAUUGCAGAUUCUUCCACCAUUGUUGGAUAAUAUUUCAUGCAUAAUGCUGGAGUCCUGGGACUUGGUUUGUAAAAUCACUCUAUGAAGUUAGUUUUUAAUAAUAAUGUAUUUGAUUAAAUUAGUGACUUUAAUAAGAAAAUUUGAUUGUUAUCUAGCAAAUAACUAUUUCUAUUUCUAUUUUAGCUGAUAAGGCUUCCUCCACUUCCUCCAGCAGUAAGAUACAUAGGACGUAAAACAGUUUUGGUUGCAGCUGACUCUCUCAGCCCCAGUAUCAUUCAAAAUGUCCAAAAGAGGGAAAGAAUCUGGAGCUCAGAUCACAGAACACAGGGCAUACCCAGUGGGUUGACCAAAUCAGUCAUA